GCAAACAGUGAAACCAAUGGCUUGUGCGCUGCAGAGUCACAUGGUGACAGAGUGACACACCUGUGUGGAGCCGUAAGGGCCUUGCGGUUGCGCCAGAGGCAGGUAGAGCAGAAGGUCCACGCCGGGGCAGGGCGCAGGUACGGUAUAUGUGCGCGCAAACGGUCCCACAGCCUCGGGUCCUCGGCAGCCAUGAAUCGGGAAGAUCAUUACUACCCCUCGCAGGUUUUUAAAGACUCCUGUGCCUACCAGAGCUCACAGGUUGAGGACUACAGCCACAGCCCGCCGCCCUGCCUCUACAUGAACAGGCAGGUCCACUCCGUCUACACACCGCGGUCCAUGGGAGCCCUGGAGCAGGCCAGUCUUCCUGACGUCGCACCUUCUUACAGUCUACCUUCCGUGCGAGAGGAUCCAGGUGUGGCUCAGCUGCACCACCAACAGGGGCUCCAGCAGCAGGCUCUCCAGCCGGCCGCAGGUUAUGGAGACACGGGGGAACAGAGCAGAUAUCACCUCCCUUUCCCCUGGAUGAAAGCCACAAAAUCCCACUCACACACCUGGAAGGGACAGUGGGCAGGGCCAUACAUGAUGGCAGAGACUGAGGAAAACAAACGCACGAGGACCGCCUACACGCGCGCCCAGCUGCUGGAGCUCGAGAAGGAGUUCCUGUUCAACCGCUACAUCUCGAGGCCUCGCCGCGUGGAGCUGGCGCUGACCCUGAGCCUCACCGAGCGCCACAUCAAGAUCUGGUUCCAGAACCGGCGCAUGAAGUGGAAAAAGGAGGAGGACCGGAGGAAGGCAAGGGGGGCCGAACCGGACCAGGACUCUUCCAUCACCUCUGGUGACCAGGGGGAGGCCGCGGGAGGGGUCUCCUCCACAAACGGACCUCUAACCGCUACGCCGCCCGUUUCCCCGCUGCACGGUCACUCUCUCUCCGCUUCUGGGACCAGAGAGCCCGCAUAGGCCCGCAGAAGACACUUAUCCUCUAGACUACGACCUAAACUAAUACUGCAAAGAUUGAAACCCAAUAGAAAUAGGCUACAAGGCCCAUAUUUCAAGGCAGUGCCAUUUGAGAGGAUUUAUAUUUUCAGAAAGCCUGUGCGGUUCAUAAUUGGGCUGCUAACAGUGGACAGAGGGAAACAGCCUCUCCUUAAGUUAGGGUGUGAGAUGGCAUUUUUUAACUAAUGUCCCCCCUUUUACUGAGAUCUCCCUGAACUCACUGAAGGACCACCGUAAGCCCCCUUAUUGGAUAUCACAGUGUGCCGUUUGUGGACUGAAGAGACAUUUCUUCAUCCUACUUUCGCCAUGCAUGCUUGGACAUUUUUUUUGGACACCAGAUGGCAUGCUGAGACAACCCUACACAAACCAGUUGCACACACCUUUAUGCAUAAUAUGACUGUCAGGAAAAUGUAUUUGCAAUAUUAUCAAUGUUCACAUGUGUUUAUAUAAGCUUACAUCAUGUAAAUUGAAAAAAAUCAUAAUCAAUGUUUCACAUAUUUUAUUGUUUGAAAAAAUUAAUUAUACAGUAUGAUGGAUGAAGAGCACACAUAAUACAUACUUUGAAUA